AUGCUGUCUCUCUGGAGUUACGUACUCUUUUUAUUUAUCAGUGGCGUGAAAAUGGAUCUAGGAAUGAUAAAGAGAAGCGGAAGAAAAGCCUUGCUUACAGGGGUGGUAUGCAUCUUGUCGCCUUUACUAAUUAGCUUGUCAUUCCAAGUAAAAAUCAGAGGAUCUUAUUGGCUAAAUGAAGAUGAAUCAUAUGUACUUUCAUAUUUAACAGCAGUACAUUGUCUAACUCCAUUUCCGGUCGUUGCUUGCCUUCUUGAAGACCUAAAGAUCCUGAAUUCUGAACUGGGUCGAUUAGCCCUAUCUGCAGCAAUGGUGAGUGAUAUGUUAAGUGUGUUCCUUUCCAUCCUUGCCACCUUGGCUAUAAUUAGCAGGGUGCAAUCUAGUGUGCUCACCGCCGUUGAUUUAGGAGGACUCAUCAUCCUUCUUAUCGUCAUUGUAUUUACGAUUCGACCAGCAAUGUUUUGGGUGAUCAGGCAAACACCGGUAGGCAGGCCUGUCUGUGACACAUACAUUCAUACCAUCAUGCUAAUGGUCUUUGGAUCCGGGUUGCUUUCUCAUUUGUUUGGUAUGAGUGUAUUCACUGGGCCUUUCUUUAUGGGUUUGGCAGUACCAGACGGACCACCUUUAGGAUCUGCCAUUGUUAACAAGUUCAACUACUUCAUUUUGAAUGUGUUUUUGCCAAUUUUCGUAACUUCUUGUGGGAUGAGGAUAGAUCUGAGUUUACUCAAAUUCAAUAACAUGUUCAUGACAAUCAACGGACUCAACAUUGUUUUGACUUUUUUGACCAAAAUGGCGGCUUGUUUGGUUCCUCCCUUAUACUUCAAAAUGCCCUUAAAAGAUGCUAUGGCACUCGCUCUCAUAUUGAGCUGCAAAGGUGUAGUCCAACUCGCAGCCUAUACAAGCCUCAGAGAUACUAAGGCCAUGGCAGACCAGUCGUACGCUUUGUCAAGUGUUAGCAUCCUAUUAAUUGCACUUUUCGUGCCACUACUAGUGAAAUAUCUAUAUCAUCCUUCAAGAAAAUAUGCAAGUUACCAGAAAAGGGAUAUUAUGCAUUGCAUUCACAAUGCAGAGCUCAAAGUCCUAGUGUGCAUUCACAGGCAAGAUGACAUUGCUGCAAUAACAAAACUACUUGAAGUCGCGUGCCCAUCUAGUGAAAGACCCCUUGCUAUUUAUGUACUUCACCUUAUCAAGUUAAUUGGCCGAGCCUCUCCUAUUUUUGUGUCCCACCAAAUGCAAAAAAAAACUGUAUCCAAUAAUAGUUCCUAUUCAGAGAAUAUCAUUCUCGCCUUCAAUCACUUUAAACAAUACAAUGACGGUGUUGUAUCAGUAAACAUCUUCACAGCAAUCUCUCCACCUAAGUUCAUGCAUGAGGACAUAUGCAUCCUUGGAUUGGACAAACUCACAUCUUUCAUAGUACUCCCGUUUCACCGAAAAUGGUCCCUUGACGGUCUUGUCGAAUCAGAGGACAAUACCAUCAGGACCUUAAAUUGCAGUGUGCUUGAAGUGGCCCCCUGCUCUAUUGGGAUUCUUGUUGAUCGUGGUCAUUUAGGCCGCUCAAUUGUUUCAUCAGAGCCAUCUUAUUAUGUUGCCAUGAUCUUCUUCGGAGCUUUAACAAACGAAGGCCUAAAUGUAGAAGAAAGCAUUGAUACCUUCCAUGCCACGCCACCAAGAGAAACAACCGAGAGGUAUGACCAUAAUCUUCAACACCGUUGCGUAGGUAGCUGGGAUUUCGUUUGUACGGUUAAGUCAGCUGAAAAUGAAGAGAUUUCCAAUCUGCCGUUUCCCCACGUUGCAGAAUAA